AGGAAAAUUAAAUAAAAUUAAAUAAAUACAAAUUAUUUAAAUAAUUAAAAAAUAACAAAACAAAUAAGGGACGGAAUGUGAUGAUGUCAUGUGCCAUGUGAUGAUGAUGUCAUAGAACCAAGAUCAAAGCAAGACAUGAUGAUGUCAUGUGAUGAUGUCAUAGAACCAAGAUGAAAGAGCCCAAAUCAAAGCAAGACAUGAUGAUGUCACGCUGACAUCAUCGCUGCUUGAUCUGGAAUCUUAUAUAUGUAGCCAGAUGAGGAUACAGCAAACUCAGAAAGUUUACCACCCGUUAAUUUUAUCUGUUAAUCAGCCGGUUUUUACCCGUUAAUCAGCCGGUGUUUGACCCGUUAAUCUGCCGGUGUUAGAUCCGUUAUUCAGCCGGUGUUAGAUCCGUUAAUCAGCCGGGUUUUACCCUUUAGUCUGCCGGUGUUUGACCCAUUAAUCUGCCGGUAUUUGACCCGUUAUUCCGCCGGUUUGUGCCCGUUAUUCUGCCGGUGUGUCCCGGUGUUUGAGCCUGAUGGAGAUCGUCCAUGUCUACACGAAGCUCCGCGGUGAGUUCGGCCGCCAGUGUCACUUCUCUGACCGGCCCGCCGAGCUGCUGCUGGACAUUCCUCCGGAGCCGAGCCUGGCCCCGCACUUCAUCCACAAGACACCCCGAGAUCAGAGCGUGCAGGCCGGCCAGGACAUGGCGGAGCACCAGGUGAACACGGAGCGCUUUGAGACGGACAGCUGUGGGAUCAACCAUGUGGAGGGGGGGUGGCCCAAGGACGUGAACCCUCAGGAGAUGGAACAGACCAUCAGGUUCAGGAAGAAGGUGGAGAAGGACGAGAGCUACAUCAACAGCAUCCUGCAGCUGGGCAGUGUGAUGGAGCACUGCAUCAGGCAGAACAACGCUGUGGACAUCUACCAGGAGUACUUUGAGGACGAGGAGGAGGUGGAGGAGAACCAGGAGCCGCCGUCCGCCAAGACCAUCAACGUGUACAGAGACCCCAACGACGUGAAGCGGACCGUCUCCGGUCUGUCCUGGCAUCCUGACGGCGGCAGGAAGCUAGCUGCUGCCUACUGCUGCCUCCAGUUCCAGAGGACGUCAAGAGACACCAGCCUGGACUCCUACAUCUGGGACAUCGAGAACCCGAACCGACCGGAGAUGUCCCUGAAGCCGGCGUCCCCCCUGGUCUGUCUGGACUACAACCCCAAAGACCCCCACACCCUGGUGGGGGGCAGCUACAACGGACAGAUCGCGUACUGGGACACCCGAAGAGGCAGCCAGCCGGUGGAGACGUCCUCCGUGGAGCAGAGUCACAGAGACCCCGUCUACAAGACCAUCUGGCUGCAGUCCAAGACCGGGACGGACACGUUCUCUGCCUCCACGGACGGACAGGUCCUGUGGUGGGACGUCCGCCGGUUGUCUGAGCCCACAGAGCGUCUGGUUCUGGACCCGAACCGGGAAGGAAACCUGGACCGAGCUCUAGGAGCCGUCUCUCUGGAGUUUGAGUCCACCAUGCCCACUAAGUUCAUGGUGGGGACGGAGCAGGGCGUGGUGGUGUCCUGUAACCGGAAGGCGAAGACGCCGGCGGAGAAGCUGGUGUGUCUCUACGAGGGACACCAUGGACCGGUCUACGGCCUGCAGAGGAACCCGUUCUUCCCUAAGAACUUCCUCACCGUGGGGGACCGGACGGCUCGCAUCUGGUCCGAGGACAUCAAGGAGUCCUCCAUCAUGUGGACCAGGUACCAGAUGUCCUACCUGAUGGACGCCUGCUGGAGUCCUGUCCGUCCCUCCGUCUUCUUCACCGUUAAAAUGGACGGCGUGUUGGACGUCUGGGACAUCCUGUUCAAACAGAACGACCCCACGCUGAGUGUCAAGGUGUGUGACGACGCCCUGUACAGCCUCCGUCUCCAGGACAACGGGCGGUUGGUGGCGGUCGGGUCCCAGCAGGGCGGCACCACGCUGCUGGAGCUCUGCUCAGGACUGUCCUCGCUGCAGAAGAACGAGAAGAGUCUGCUGGCUGCUAUGUUUGAGCGUGAGACGAAGCGAGAGAAGAUCCUGGAGGCUCGUCAGUGAGAGAUGAGGCUGAAGGAGCGGAGCCGCUCGGAGCAGAGCCGCGAGGACGAGGCAUCGGGAUGGAACCAGUUUAGAUUAGCCAUUUAGCUUAAUUUAAAAAAAAAAAGGAAAGGAAUAGCCUGAUUUCUCUUUCCCUUCAGUUUUAGUGGUUAGGACUGAUGUCCCACAGGUUACGUUACGGUUUACUCCGGGUGCUCGGGUUUUUCCAAGUUUAGAUUAGCCAUUUAGCUUAAUUUAAAAAAAAAAAGGAAAGGAAUAGCCUGAUUUCUCUUUCCCUUCAGUUUUAGUGGUUAGGACUGAUGUCCCACAGUUUACGUUACGGUUUACUCCGGGUGCUCGGGUUUUUCCAAGUUUAGAUUAGCCAUUUAGCUUAAUUUAAAAAAAAAAAAGAAAAGGAAAGGAAUAGCCUGAUUUCUCUUUCCCUUCAGUUUUAGUGGUUAGGACUGAUGUCCCACAGUUUACGUUACGGUUUACUCCGGGUGCUCGGGUUUUUCCAAGUUUAGAUUAGCCAUUUAGCUUAAUUUAAAAAAAAAAAAGAAAAGGAAAGGAAUAGCCUGAUUUCUCUUUCCCUUCAGUUUUAGUGGUUAGGACUGAUGUCCCACAGUUUACGUUACGGUUUACUCCGGGUGCUCCGGUUUACUCCAGGUGAUCCGGUUUCUUCCCAGUUUGUGUUAGCUAUUGUGUGAUUGCUUAAUUAUUUUUUUUUUAAAAGAGAGAAAAGUAAUUGCCUGAUUUCUUAAUAUACCUUCAGCCUCAGUGGUUAACACUGAUGUCCCACAGUUUACUGAGGGUUUACUCCGGGUGCUCGGGUUUUUCCCAGUUUAGAUUAGCCAUCAUAUUAUUGUUUAUUAUUUUAAAAAAGAGAGAAAAGAAAAGGAAUAGCCUGCUUUCUCUUUUUCCCUUCAGUCUUAGUGGUUAGCACUGAUGUCCCAUAGUUGACGUUACGGUUUACUCCAAGUGCUCCGGUUUCUUCCCAGUUUAGAUUAGCUAUUGUGCAUCUUCGGCCAUGACUUUACCGCAGAAUCAAAAGUUAAGUGUAAGUCCACCUUAAGCAGAGUCCAAACCAUCGCUCCAUCCAUGCAUAUAACAACACUGCCACCUACUGAUGAGGAGGGCGGCCAUCUGUGAAUCACCAGCUGUUUGUGAAUUCUCUCGACAAGAACGUCUCAAGCCUGAUUUCCACCGGGCGCGUUACAGCCUCGGAACGGCAGCGCCGCGGUCACCGUUGCAAAUAGCUGCCACUCUAAUCAAUGAGA